AUGUAUCACAUCGGCCAAGAGCCUCAGCAGUCCGCUCCACCUAGUUUGGAAACAGCGGCCCCAAACCCACCAAGCCCAGCCACUCCUCCACACGUGGGAAGAGCAGCCACAUGCACCAAGGCCAGCAACUCCUCCCCACCUGGGGACAUUGGCCCCUUGCUCUCCUUGGCCUGCCUCUCCUCCUAUUCAGGAGAGCAACCACUCACUCACCAUGCUGCUGCUUCUGACCUUAACCACCCCCCUCCCAGGUGCUAUGUCCAGUGCCAGGGCAUCCCCCAGGGCUCCAGCCUGUCCACCCUGCUCUUCAGCCUGUGUUUCAGAGACAUGGAGAACAAGCUUUUAGCAGAGGUGCAGCAGGUAAAUGCUUUUUUUUUACCCCUCCAAGGGCUGCUUUUACGCUUUGUGGAUGACUUUCUAUUGGUGACACCCCACCUGGUCCAGGCAAAAGCCUUCCUCGGGGCCCUGGUCCAUGGCAUUCCUGAGUAUGGCUGCAGGAUAAACUUACAGAAGACAAUGGUGAACUUCCCCAUGGAGACUGGUACCCUGGACGGUGCAGCUCCCCACCAGCUGCCUGCUCGCUGCCUGUUUCCCUGGUGUGGCUUACUGCUGGACACUCAGACUCUGGAGGUGUUCUGUGACUACACCAGUUACACCCGGACCUCAGUUAAGGCCAGCCUCACCUUCCAGCGCACCUUCAAGGCCGGGAGGAACACGCGGCACAAGCUCUUAGCUAUUUUGAGGCUGAAGUGUCACAGUCUGUUUCUAGACUUGCAGAUAAGCAGAUGGGCAGCCACAUCAUCUGUGAACAGCCUGCAGACCAUCUGCAUCAAUGUUUACAAGAUCUUCCUGCUGCAGGCCUACAGUUUCCAUGCAUGUGUGCUUCAGCUUCCCUUUGACCAGCAUGUUAGGAAGAACCCUGUAUUCUUUCUGGGCAUGAUCACCAGCACAGUAUCCUGCUGCUACUCUGUCCUGAAGGUCAAGAACACAGGAGUGACACUAGGGGCCAACGGAGCCUCUGGCUUAUUUCCUCUUGAAGCUGCACAUUGGCUCUGCUACCAAGCCUUCCUGAUCAAGCUGACUGGUCAUUCUGCUGUCUACAGGUGUCUCCUGGGACCUCUCAUGGCUACCCAGAAACAACUGUGCCGGAAGCUCCCUGCGGCGACAAUGGCUAGCCUCAGGGCUGCAGCUGACCCAGCCCUAAGCACAGACUUUGAGACCAUUUUGGACUAA